AUGGCUGCCACAGACCGAAAGAUCACAGACUACGAGCUCUCAGACUUUGCUGAGCGGCCACGCCGUUUGAAUGCAGACGGAAAUAACCUCAUCCGUAUGUAUGAGAAUACGGACGUUUCACACAUCAACCACCCCAAAUGGCACAAAUUUAACCUCUUCGACUUCACUUUCAAGGUUGGUUACAAGAGCUUUGUUCACAACGUUGAUCAAAUCAACACGGUCCCCGUUGAUCGUAUACGUAUGGAGGCUUUGUGGUGGAAGGUUUUGUUGGAGAAGUGGGAAUCCUACGACCCCCGAUCUAAAAAUCGCAAUCGCCUCCAGUCACAAACCUUCGAAGAGCUCAUGGAUCGCAAGGAAGAUCUCAUGUAUAACGCAUUCAAUUCGCGAUUUGCCGAAGACUUGGCCCCACUCAAUGCACUGAAGAGCAAUCUCAAAGGCCUGCAGCGGAAGAAUGACUUGAAACGCUGGAUUGAGCCGUACUGGCAAGCCAAGAAGGAGAAAUAUCCAGAGAUGGACGUCGAGAGACAAAUCCAGAAUGCGAACCCCAAAUAUAUGAACUACGAGGAAAUCGAGGAUGUUUACGAUUCGCUUAUUUCAUUCGACGAGAUGAGAGGGACGUACCCGGAGGAUGAACUUCACGAUAUAGAUGAGCAAAUGGAGGGUAUGGCCAUCGACGGAGGAGAUGAUGGGGAUCAAUAUUAUGAGGACGGCGGCGAUCAUGAGGAGUACUACGAAGAAUAUGACGGAGAUUAUAAUGAAGAAGAGCAUAACGAAGGCAAGAAAGAUGGAGAUGGUGAUGUCGAGAUGGAUUGUUAA